CUCAUUUAUGUCCCUCUAUUAUCUUCCUAGUUCCAACUGUAUUUAGGGGGUUCUCCAACCGUCAUUCCAAUCCAGAUAAUAUCACAAGAAAAUCUUCAAAACACCCCCGAAAGCAGAAGAAAAAAGACAAUUCAUCAACCAAACCUUUCUCUCUCUCAUGGCUGCAACUUUUUCUGCAGCUAUAGAUGCCCAUUGCAGCAUAAUACCACACACUUCAGAAACUAGGCAACCACUCUGUUUCACUUCUCCGCUGAGCGUUCCCUUUAAAAGAUUCACAAUUCUUUGCACCUCAGCCAAAUUUCCUCAGAAAAUUUCAGAACCACCCCAAAAGGAAAACCCAUCUCUAUCAGACCAACUCAAGCCACCAUCUACCACCGUUUUUUCUGACCAACCAAAGCAAACCCAAAUCCUAACCAAGCCAAAGUCGAAUUGGGUCAAUCCCACCAAGCCCAAAACCUCUGUGCUUUCUCUCCAACGCCACAAACGUUCUUCUUACAUAUACAAUCCCCAAGCCAGAGACCUCAAGCUGUUUGCCAGGAAGCUCAAUGCCUGUGGCAACACUGAGACUGCUUUCAAUGCUGUUCUUGAAGAAAUUCCACACCCACCCACCAAGGAAAAUGCUCUUUUGGUGCUUAAUGGCUUGAAACAAUGGCCAAAGACUCUUCUUUUCUUCAAUUGGAUGAAGACCCAGAAUUUGUUCCCAAUGGAAACAAUCUUCUACAAUGUUGUAUUGAAGUCUCUGAGGUUUGGUAGGCAGUUUGAGCACAUAGAGGAGCUUGCUCUUGAAAUGAUUGACAAUGGGAUUGACCUUGAUAAUAUAACUUAUUGUACUAUAAUUACUAGUGCCAAAAGGUGUAAUCUUUUUGACAAGGCUGUAGAGUGGUUCGAGAGGAUGUACAAAACUGGUGUCAUGCCCGACGAAAUCACUUACUCUGCUGUAUUGGAUGUGUAUGCUCAAUUAGGAAAGGUUGAGGAGGUGAUGAGUCUUUAUGAUAGAGGGAGAGAAAGUGGGUGGAAACCUGAUCAAGUUGCUUUUGCUGUGCUUGGGAAGAUGUUUGGUGAAGCUGGUGACUAUGAUGGUAUUAGGUAUGUGUUGGAAGAGAUGAAUUCACUUGAAGUGAAGCCUAAUUUGUAUGUGUACAAUACACUGUUAGAAUCAAUAAGCAAGGCUGGGAAACCUGGUUUGGCUAGGAGUUUAUUUGAAGAGAUGGUUGAUUCAGGAAUUGCCCCGGAUGAGAGGACAUUAACAGCACUGGUUAAGAUUUACUCGAAGGCGAGGUGGGCUCGAGAUGCAUUGGAGUUAUGGGAAAGAUUGAAGUCUAAUGGGUGGCCAAUGGAUUUUGUUUUGUACAACAGAUUGUUAAGUAUGUGUGCUAAUCUUGGGUUGGAAGAGGAAGCUGGGAGGCUGUUUGAGGACAUGAAGAGAUCAGAACAUUUUAGACCAGAUACCUGGAGCUACACCGCAAUGCUUAAUAUAUAUGGGCGUGUGGGGAAUGUUGAGAAGGCAAUGGAGUUGUUUGAGGAAAUAUCAGAGUCGGGUAUUGAGCUCAAUGUGAUGGGAUGCACUGGCUUGAUUCAGUGUUUAGGAAGAGCUAAGAGAAUUGAUGAUUUGGUUAGGGUGUUUGAGCUGUCAAUAGAGAGAGGAGUGAAGCCAGAUGAUAGGCUGUGUGGUUGCUUGCUCUCUGUUGUGUCCUAUUGUGAGGGUGAGGAGGUUGAUAAGGUCCUUGCUUGUUUACAACAAGCUAACCCCAAAUUGGUUGCCUUUGUUAAGUUGAUGGAAGGGGAAAAAACAGGCUUUGAGACAAUCAAACAUGAGUUCAGAAACAUUCUUAUUGACACUGCAGUUGAGGCUCGGAGACCCUUCUGCAAUUGCUUGAUUGACAUUUGUCGAAACCGAAAUCUUCAACAGAGAGCUCAUGAGGUUUUCUAUAUAGGAACUCUAUGUGGAUUGUAUACAGGUUUACAUACCAAGACUGCAGGUGAAUGGCAUUUGGAUGUUCGGUCACUGUCGGUGGGAGCAGCUCACACUGCCCUUGAAGAAUGGAUGGGAACACUGAGAAAAACUGUUGAGCGUCAAGAGCCAUUGCCAGAACUGUUUUCCGCCAACGCUGGUGCCGGAACUCAUAAGUUCUCUCAAGGACUGGCUAAUGCCUUCGCUUCCCAUGUGAAGGAACUGGCUGCUCCAUUUCUGCAGAGUGAAGACAGGGCCGGCUUCUUUGUGGCGAGUAGAGAAGAUUUAGUAUCAUGGGUGCAGUCCAGGGCCCUUAAUGAAUAUCUAACAUUAGUCCCAGCACUUAUCAUGUCGGGUUCCCUGAUUAUCUCGGCUGCAGGAUUGAAACAGCAGCGCCUCAUGUUAUACAGGAUACAGCUUUGGUAG